AGGAAACUCGAGAAAUGAGAAAAAAAAAAGAACCUGAAGGUGGAUCUCGCUCUCAAAUUCGUGAAAGGCAUCCGCUCACGUUGAGCUUUUCUCAAGUCAGUGCUUGCAGUGAUUCUACUCCAUGAUUAUCGAUGAACAUCUCUAUACGUGGACCAUACGGUGGUGUCCGGCAACCCCAGGUCAACGAAAUAUCCCGUUGUCUUUUUCAAUUUUUUUGGAGAGAAAAAUGUCUACGAAUGAAGUACCUCAGUUUAUUUCACUGUAACUCAUUGUCUCAUCGAAGUGGAGGAUUAUGUUUUUGUGAGAAAAAUGAUCGUGGGAUAAUUGAAAGGGAUAUCUCAUUUGAGGAGGCGGGAUCAAUAAUCAAAUAAUUCAUUGUGAAUUAUUUAUUAAUAAAAGCCCACCAGUGAUUGAAUAGUACGAGAAAAAACGAGUUUGGCGAUCGGAGGAAACGAGUGACUUCUCACACCAGUGCAAUCAUGGAGGGACCAGAGGUGACAUUUUUGUUUCAAUUUGGACUACUGCGAGAUACUGUCAGUGCCGAGGCAAUGACUUUAACACUGAAAGGACUCAAGGAACAUGCCUGUGACUUUAUCAAUAACAAGUGCCCGGAUCACGGACUCACUCAGCUCUUUGAGAGACUCUUGCUGUUCAAGCAUGAUUAUAAUUCAACGAAUAUACUACACUUGAUUACAAAUGCUACUGAAGUUGUUGAUGAGACACUGGUGGAGAUUGUACUCACUGCGCAAGUACCAACGGAGGAGAUCGUCGUUCGGCCACACGCCCUGGCUGUUCACUCCUACAAAGCCCCAACAUUUUGUGAUUUCUGUGGGGAAAUGCUCUUCGGACUUGUCAGGCAGGGAUUGAAGUGCGAGGGCUGCGGUAUGAAUUACCACAAGCGUUGCGUUAUUAAGGUACCCAACAACUGCAUGCAGGAUCCCAACCGACGCAGACGUAGCUCAACGCUGCUAAAUGUUCCAAGAUCCCCCAGCCAAGGCUCAACAAGCAGUUUAACGAGUGCUAGUGACGAUAAUCAGAGUGCUGGUACAUCGUCUACAACAAGUUGCAACAAUACUAAUUUAUCAGUACCAUCGAUAAUAACACCGAAACAAUCACGUUCCCCUUCGCUCGGUGGAAGGCCCAUAUGGAUUGAGCGUGAAAUGGCGACGAGAAUUAAAAUUCCACAUACUUUUGUUCUACACUCGUAUACGAGACCGACUGUUUGUGGCCAUUGUAAAAAAUUGCUGCGCGGACUGUUCAAGCAGGGACUGCAAUGCAAGGAUUGCCAAUACAAUGCCCAUAAAAAGUGCAUUGAGAAGAUACCCAAGGACUGCACUGGAGAGAACCCUAAGGAUCUUGGAGGUAACGAAUACGCAGAUAGUGAUGUUGGCAGUGAGCCAGAGAGCAGAUGUGACGGGAGAAAUGAAGAGGGGGAUGGAGAUAGUGAUGCGGAGUCUCCGCCAAGAGCAUCGCACAUUUUUUACGGGGAUCCUAAGGAAAAUCAGGUCAAUGGCGACUAUAAUAAUCAGGUGCCCAGUCGUGAUGACGGAUCUCCGGACGACUGUGGCAAGUCUCAACCUUCUAGUUGUAGUUCAAGCCCCAGCAACAACAUUCCUCUAAUGCGGAUCGUUCAGAGUAUAAAGCACACCAAGCGCCGGGGCUCAAAGGUGUUGAAGGAAGGAUGGAUGGUCCACUUCACAAACCGUGAUCGAAUGAAGCGCCGACACUACUGGAGGCUCGAUUCGAAAGCAAUAAUGCUUUUCCAAAGUGAUACGGGAUCAAAAUACUACAAAGAAAUACCUUUGGCUGAGAUACUGGGAAUAGACACGGUGAGGCCUCAGAUAUCACCUGAAUCGAAUCACUGCUUCGAGCUUCGAACAGCAAAUGUGGAUUACUAUGUCGGAGAAGAUCCACUCAAAAUGGAUUCUAAUGCACAAUUACCACCGCCUGAGAGUGGCAUUGGGGCACAUUUGGCCAGAUCCUGGGAGACCAGUAUUCGUCACGCUUUAAUGCCUGUUACCAAUAAUUCCAAUGCCAGCGAAACUCAAUCGAGUGAACCCGAAGACACAGUGACGGACAUGUCUCAAAUAUACCAAAUUUUUCCCGACGAAGUACUCGGCUCUGGACAGUUUGGGAUUGUUUACGGAGGCACUCAUCGCAAAACUGGUCGAGCAGUUGCCAUUAAGGUGAUUGACAAGCUUCGAUUUCCCACGAAGCAAGAGGCACAACUCAAAAACGAAGUGGCAAUCCUACAGAACUUAUCACACAGCGGUGUUGUCAAUCUCGAGAGAAUGUUCGAAACUCCAGAAAGGAUAUUCGUAGUAAUGGAGAAGCUCAAGGGUGAUAUGCUGGAGAUGAUUCUGAACUCUGAGCGUGGACGACUCAGCGAGCGCAUCACAAAGUUCCUCAUAACACAGAUUCUAAUUGCAUUGAAGCAUCUGCACAGCAAAAAUAUCGUUCACUGCGACCUCAAGCCUGAGAAUGUUCUUCUCAGCAGCAACAAUGAUUUUACACAAGUGAAAUUGUGUGAUUUUGGAUUUGCGAGGAUCAUUGGGGAGAAGAGCUUCAGGAGGAGCGUCGUGGGGACUCCAGCCUAUCUUGCACCAGAGGUACUGAGGAACAAGGGAUAUAAUCGAUCACUUGAUAUGUGGAGUGUUGGGGUGAUUGUUUACGUUUCACUGAGCGGAACUUUUCCGUUUAAUGAGGACGAGGAUAUUAAUGAGCAAAUUCAGAACGCUGGCUUCAUGUAUCCCCCGAAUCCUUGGAAAGAAAUAUCUUCCGAUGCUAUUGACUUGAUUAAUAAUUUAUUACAAGUCAAGCAGAGGAAGAGAUUCACCGUUGAUAAAAGUCUAGCACACGUUUGGUUGCAGGAUUAUCAAACGUGGUGUGAUCUACGUCAACUAGAAGCACAAGUAGGCUGUCGUUACUUGACUCACGAGAGUGACGAUGCCCGUUGGUUGGCACACGAGGUACAACAAACAUGACACGACUACCUGCCUAAAAUCAACAUCGAAUCUUCAACAUUCUCACAUCCAUUCCACAAAGGUUGGGCUCGCUCAGCUCGAGCCACUAUACGACGAUUCAUUCGUGCCUGAAGUAGUAGUUUCCAGCAAUAAGAGAAAAUAAUAAUUCCUACUUAUCCAAGUAUUUCCAAAUAUUUCACGAAUGAAGUAUCAAAUUUUGAAGUUCAAUAGUUCAAUUCGUGUUUUCUACACUCGUAAUACCAUAUCACUGAUGGCAACCAAUAGUGGAGUUUGAGGAGUAGCUGAAGUAGACAACAAAAUAUUCCCGAAGGCCUGUAGAGAUUUUUAUCAAGUUGAAUCAUCGCUUUUGCUUCUUUUUCCUGUUCUUCUUCUUCUUCUUCUGAUGCUUAAUAACUUCUAAAUGUUCUAAAUCUAACUGUACAUUCCAUCUAAUGUAAAAGAACUUUUGUUGAAUGAAAUCCAUGGGGUAAGUGCAUGAAUUAUUUUUAACAGAUAAAAUUUAUGAAACUACCAAUGUCGUGAAAGGGCUGGCAUUCGUAAAGAAGAAAAAAGUUACAGAUAUUAAUGCUGAACUCUCUCCCCAUUCCACUAAUACUCGACUUUUAAUGUAUCUAAUUAUGGAGAUGUCGGGAGAUGAAAUUAAAAAUUCAUGAGAUUCAUUGUUGUUCGCUCGCGCGAAUUGUAAAUUACCGCGAUUUUUCGAUAUUUAUUGCAAUUUUUGUAUAAAUAAUGAAAGGGAUUUGAGGGAGACAUUGCUAAUGGACAAAGUAAAAAUGGCCAAUUACUGCGAGAAGUAAUUGUCGAUUCAUGAAUAGCAUUCCAUCUUAGAUUAGAAAUUUUAUUGAUUGAUUCACGGAUAGUGUAACCUGACAAUAUUCAAAUAGCGCAUGAGAAAUCGAGCUCAAACAUUCAGCAUUAAAUUGGACACGUACAUCCAUUACGCUAUUUAUUAAGUUUUUUUUUCAUUUUAUUCCCUGAGAACUGUGUAACGAUAAUCAGGCGACUUGAUAUUUUAGAAGUUUUUGAAUCGUACCAAACAGCAGAGACUCGCUUUUAAUAACAAUUAAUACUGUUUUUAUUUUGGUUAUCAUUCGAUUUAUUGAUUUACUGAUUUUUAUUGUUUCUAAUUGCGACUGGUUGUGGGAUCUGAUACAAUUUUAUACACUGUUUUUUUAUAUGUAAAAUGUACAAGUACGUUGUAAUAUUCUUUAUCAUAAUUAUUAUUAUUAUGAAAUAUGCAAUAAAUAAAUAAAUAAAUACUGUUUAGUCCAUCAAGAUA